CGCCCCGGGACCCCGCCGGUGGAUGCGCCCCGGCAGCCCUCAGCAGCGCAGCCCCGGAGCCCGCGGGGGCGGCGGCGCCGCGUCCGGCUGGAAGGAGGACGGGGAGCCACGGGCGGGCACCAGCCAUGGGGUGCUGCGAGGUGAGAGGGUGGCUCUGGAGAGUCGGCCUCUUCCUCCCCCUGCUGACAGCGCGCCCCGCCGCCGCCGGUCACGUCGCCAGCAACCACGUUGUGUUACUUGAUACUACAGCUGCCCUUGGAGAGCUAGCAUGGAAAACAUUUCCUUUAAAUGGGUGGGAUUCUAUAACUGAAAUGGAUGAACACAAUCGUCCUAUUCAUACUUACCAGGUAUGUAAUGUGAUGGAACCAAACCAAAACAACUGGCUUCGAACAAACUGGAUUUCCCGUGAUGCUGCACAGAAAAUUUAUGUGGAAAUGAAGUUUACCCUGAGGGACUGCAACAGUAUUCCAUGGGUGCUGGGAACUUGCAAGGAAACUUUCAAUCUCUACUACAUGGAGUCAGAUGAGUCUCAUGGAGUAAAAUUCAAGCCAAACCAGUACACUAAAAUUGAUACUAUUGCAGCUGAUGAGAGCUUUACCCAGAUGGAUUUGGGUGACCGCAUUCUAAAACUCAACACAGAAGUUCGUGAGGUUGGGCCAAUAAACAAGAAGGGAUUUUAUCUUGCUUUUCAGGACAUUGGAGCAUGCAUUGCUUUGGUCUCUGUCCGUGUUUAUUACAAAAAGUGCCCUUUCACAGUCCGUAAUUUGGCUGUGUUUCCCGAUACUAUUCCAAGGGUUGAUUCUUCCUCUUUGGUGGAAGUACGGGGCUCCUGUGUGAAAAGCGCUGAGGAACGUGACACUCCAAAAUUAUAUUGUGGAGCAGAUGGGGAUUGGCUUGUUCCUCUUGGACGAUGCAUCUGCAGUGUAGGAUAUGAAGAAGUGGAUGGCUCCUGCCAUGCUUGCAGACCUGGGUUCUAUAAAGCAUUUGCUGGAAACGUAAAGUGCUCCAAGUGCCCUCCACACAGUUCGACUCACAUAGAAGCAACUUCUGUCUGUCAGUGUGAGAAAGGUUACUUCAGAGCUGAGAAGGACCCACCAACUAUGGCAUGUACCCGGCCACCUUCUGCUCCAAGAAAUGUGAUUUUCAACAUUAAUGAAACAGCUCUCAUGCUGGAAUGGAGCCCCCCGAGUGAUACUGGAGGAAGAAAAGAUCUCACUUACAGUGUCAUCUGUAAGAAAUGUGGGUCAGAUGCCAGCCAGUGUGAGAUUUGUGGGGGAGGUAUCCGUUUCAUUCCCCGGCACACGGGUCUCAUCAACUCCUCUGUGACAGUGCUUGACUUUGUCUCACACGUGAACUACACCUUUGAAAUAGAAGCCACAAAUGGGGUCUCGGAAUUGAGUUUCUCUCCCAAGCAGUUCACAGCUAUCACAGUUACUACAGACCAAGAUGCACCCUCCUUGAUAGGUAUGGUAAGGAAGGACUGGGCUUCUCAAAACAGCAUUGCCCUCUCCUGGCAAGAGCCGGACUUUCCCCAUGGAGCAAUUCUGGACUACGAGAUCAAGUACUAUGAGAAAGUCUACCCACGGAUAGCGCCGGCAUUUUGGCACUACCUGCGGGUAGAAGAGCAUGAGCAGCUCAGCUAUUCCUCCACAAGGUCCAAGGCUCCAAGUGUUAUCAUCACAGGUCUCAAGCCAGCCACCAAGUAUAUAUUUCAUAUCAGAGUCAGGACGGCAGCAGGAUACAGCGGCUAUAGCCAGAAGUUUGAAUUUGAAACUGGAGAUGAAACUUCUGAUAUGGCUGCAGAGCAGGGACAGAUUCUUGUAAUUGCCACUGCUGCCGUUGGUGGAUUCACUCUCCUGGUCAUCCUCACUUUGUUCUUCCUAAUCACUGGAAGAUGCCAGUGGUAUAUAAAGGCCAAAAUGAAAUCUGAAGAGAAAAGAAGGGCUCAUCUGCAAAAUGGACAUUUACGUUUUCCAGGAGCCAAAACAUAUAUUGAUCCAGACACAUAUGAAGACCCAUCUCUUGCUGUCCAUGAGUUUGCAAAGGAGAUAGAUCCUUCAAGAAUACGUAUUGAGAGAGUUAUUGGGGCAGGUGAGUUUGGAGAAGUAUGCAGUGGACGUCUGAAAACACCAGGAAAAAGAGAGAUACCUGUCGCAAUUAAAACUCUAAAAGGUGGCUAUCUGGACAGGCAGAGAAGAGAUUUCCUGAGAGAGGCUAGUAUCAUGGGACAAUUUGAUCACCCAAAUAUAAUUCGCCUUGAAGGAGUUGUUACAAAAAGAUCCUUUCCGACCAUUGGGGUGAAGUCUCUUUCGAGAUUCCUGAGGGCGGGAUUUUUAAAUAGCAUCCUGACCUCACAUCCAGUGUCAGGGGGCGGAUCUUUACCCCCCAGCAUUUCCUCUGGCAGACCAGUAAUGAUUGUAGUUGAAUACAUGGAGAAUGGAUCCCUUGACUCCUUUCUGCGGAAGCAUGAUGGCCACUUCACAGUCAUCCAGCUGGUUGGCAUGCUGCGGGGGAUUGCAUCUGGCAUGAAGUACCUCUCAGACAUGGGCUACGUACACCGUGAUCUGGCAGCCCGUAAUAUCUUGGUCAACAGUAACCUCAUGUGUAAAGUCUCCGAUUUUGGUUUGUCACGAGUGUUGGAGGACGAUCCUGAAGCUGCUUACACAACAAGUGGUGGAAAAAUCCCCAUAAGAUGGACCGCUCCUGAAGCUAUAGCUUACCGUAAGUUCUCUUCAGCAAGUGACGCAUGGAGCUAUGGGAUUGUAAUGUGGGAGGUGAUGUCCUAUGGUGAAAGACCAUACUGGGAGAUGUCAAACCAGGAUGUUAUACUGUCUAUUGAAGAAGGCUACAGGCUCCCAGCUCCCAUGGGCUGCCCAACUUCUCUUCACCAAUUAAUGCUUCACUGCUGGCAAAAGGAGAGGAACCACCGUCCAAAAUUUAGUGACAUUGUCAACUUCCUAGACAAACUGAUCCGCAAUCCAAGUAGCCUUCAUACCCUAGUGGAGGAUGAACUUGUAAUGACAGAUUCACCUGGUGAAGUUCCAGAAUAUCCUUUGUUUGUUUCAGUCAGUGACUGGCUGGACUCCAUAAAAAUGGGUCAGUAUAAAAAUAACUUCAUGGCUGCAGGUUUCACAACUUUGGAUAUGGUUUCAAGAAUGAGUAUUGAUGACAUUAGAAGAAUUGGAGUUGUACUCAUUGGACACCAGAGACGAAUAGUCAGCAGUUUACAGACUUUGCGGUUACACAUGAUGCAUAUACAGGAGAAAGGAUUUCAUGUAUGAAAGUACUAGAAUCAACUGUGUUUUGUGCCUCAGCAUUUCUAAAAUGGAAAAAUAUUCUCAUUCUUCCCUUCUGCUCUUCCCAGCUUCAAGAACUGCAGUCUCCUGUUCAGAUUGCAAAAGUACUUCUACGUUAAUGCUUCUAAACUGGAAUUUUUAAUCACACUGCAUAGCUCCUCUGCCAGUUAUCUGCCAAUAAAAUCCUGGCCUACUGAAAGACUUGCUACACAUUGAUGAAUAACUCAGCAUGGAUGUGUGACUUUGUAUAACAGUAUUUGGGAAACUUUCAUGAACUUACUUGAAAGUAGUAAUCUAUUUGGCCUGGUGUGGCUUCUUUAUCGAUGUAUUUAGAGUUUGCUGGUAGAUCAAAAAGUAUUUGACUUCUUUCAUGUUCUGUGACCAUGUAACUUCCAAUACCAAAUGUGCAAUCAAGACGUUUGACAUAAAUAUUUAUGUUAUCUCUUAAUUAAAUCCAAAUGUAUAGGUCCUAUCGUUACAUUACUUUAUAAAAUUCUGGUAAGCCGGUGCCUCAAAACAUUAGUACUAUUUGCAGAAAUGACUGAUGAUUUUAUGUAGCGAGCUUUUGUUGUGUGAAUAAGUGGGAGGACAGUGAGAUAAAUCUGUUUGAAAUCCUAAGGUCCUUGAUUUUUAAUUACUUUAGCAUUUGACACUUAGUAUGCUUUAAAAUUUAGAUUACGUUGCAAAACUUGUUCAUUCUUGGGAUUCUUCACCGCCCUAGACCUUCUUUUUUUUUAAUACUCAGCAUUUACUUCUACUAUGUGGCAAAUAUUCACUAGAAACCUGAUUGUAACACGUCCAUACCCAUGUGUAAAGCAUGGUUGUCAGAUAUAUCGUGGCCACAUAGACUUCAAAAAGGUUUCCGUUCCAAAAAUGUAGCCCCCUGCUGCUUGAACUAAGCAUAAUUUCCACCAGUGGCAGUAGACUUUAGAGGGCCAGCCAUCAGUGGGGUGAUGUGCUUAUUCCCGUGGGAGCAGGCCAGCCAUAUCAUCCUCCAGUUGAGGGCAGUGGUACAACCACUAACUGAUGCUGGAAGUUACAUGCUGUGGUAUUCAGUUAUCUUGUACAUAGGCAGAAAAGGAGAUGAAGAACAGCAGUGUAAUAAUAUGUUGCCUUGAGUCUACUUCUAACUGCUUUUAGAAGUAAAAAGCAGACUGCUGAAAUGGAGCUCUGGUUACUAUGAGCUAGAUCUUUUAGUACAGAUACCUAAAUGACAUCGAUGACAAUUACCUUUAGAACUCUUCAAUAGCCAUAUUUACAUGCAAGGAAACGGCUGUAAAGGCCUAACAUAAUAUUUGUACCUCUCUAAGAAUUACAGCUUUCAUAUUUUAUUCAGACAACUUACACAGAUGUGCUGGGCUACAUUUCCAAACUUUUGCAUGGCAUAUGCGUUACUGGAAAUGGAGGAAUAAGCGCGUGUCUGCGUGCUGUAGAAGUCACACGCAGGUCUACAUGCAUGUCACAUGUAAACUGGGUGCAGAUACUUUUGUUGAUUUAUACACAGUCUUGAGAACAUUUUUGAGUUAUGUGAUAUUCCAAUAUACUCAAGCAUUACAACUGCCAUUAAAACAUGCAUUUGGGUGAUUAGUAUAAUAUAUGUGUAUAACAAAAUGAGCUAAUUACUUCAUGUAAUCAUAAUGAUAUUUACUGCUUAAUUUACAGCUUGUAAAUCGAAAUGUUUUUCCUAACUCUUGGGAAAGGUUACCGUUUUAUACUGGUGGCAAAGAAGAAAAAUCAGAAAGCAACUCAGAAAAGAUUAUGCUUCCAACCAGUUCACAGAGUGAGACACACUAGGCCUGAUUCAAUGUUGUCACUUUAUGUUGGAAUAGUUCUAUUCAUUUAAGUUAGAUAAAAGUAGUGCACUAAGUAAAUUUGCCUUUCUGGCAUUAAAAAACAAAAGCAGAUUUAACUGAGGAACAAGUUUUCUAAAGAUCAAGAUUCACUCGUGUUCUACAAUGCCAGUUUGAUAAGCUUGUUUAAAGAAGGGCAGUACCAGUCCUAUUCGAGCUACAAACGUAAUCUGGCCAGCAGUAGCCCCGCUAAACUCAGUGAAUACAAGCAUGUACGUUUUGCAGGACCACAGACUUUUAGUGAGGAAAAAAAGCAUUUAUUCUUUUCUGUGACUGUCACUUGAAAAAUUCUACCCCAAUUCCACAUUGAAAUAAUUUUUUGGGUAAAGGUUCUAUUAUGGAAAGAAGCCUUUUAAAAAAUACUGUCAACACAGAGUAAUUUAAAACUUGAUUUUCCUUUAUCAUUUUGUUAUCCACUUUGCCUGUCAUUGCUGCCAUGGCCAACAACAUGACAUCUGUGGAAGGAACCUCUCUCACAAUUAAAUACAUAACUGAGGAGGUAUGAGUCUGUUCUUUGUUAAUGGAGUUUCAAGAUUACUCAUAACUAAUCCAAACCACAUAUGUGCACUUUUAAAUUCUCCUUUGCACAUUUUUUCAUUCCUGGUAGUGUGGAUGCAGAGUGGCAUGUUGCACACACACAACCUGGAUAUAUUUAAUGGAAAUUAAUUUCCGUAUUUAUCAUACUACUGAAAAUAUAUUUUCAAUAGAAAAAAAAAAUACAACAAUAUUAAAACAUUUAUUAAUCAGAUAUAUUUUUUUAUAUAAACAAGAGUCUGGGUAAUCAGAAAGGAAAGAAUAAGGGAUUCUUUGGGCGAGGAGAUUUAUUAAAAAUGUUGUAAAUCCAGGAUUUGGGGGGUUUAUAUGGCUUGGGUUUUUUGUUGUGGUGGUGGUGAAGUAUGAUACUUCUAUAAUAGUUACUUUGAUCAAAUUUAUAUUUUCCUCAUUUUGGAAACAUUUUAUUUGUUCUUACUCUGGUUCCAAGCCUACUCUUACGGUAUUUUUCUUCUUAGGGGGGGAAAUAGUGUCCUAAUCUUUUCAUUUAAAAAACAAACAAACAAACCCAGUGAGUGUUAUUUUUCAAAUAUAAGCUUAAUUUUGUGCAGGUCACACACUUUCUUCUCUGGAUUCAAAGAGAUGAAAAUGACCAGCUCAUAUCUGGGCAUCUGUGUGUGGUCAGAUGAAUCUCAUGCAUUGAUUGUAUCUAGUCUUAUGCUGAACCUGUGAAAAAAAGAGGAUCUUUUCCAUAAUGCUAAUGUUAAAAUUGAACAAGUAGUAUCAGAAGGUUUAGUUGAUUUUGCUCAUGAGAUGUUUGCAUAUUGGAAUUACUGAGAAGCAAUGUGAUUCCGUGAUGUGAAAGGAAGAGAAUUAAGCUAUGUAAUUUAAAUAUUUCUUCAACAAAAGUUACCCUUUUUGAUUUCCAUAAAUGUAAAUCAAUGUCUGUCCAAUACAAGCUUAGACACAUGCUAUACUUCAAGACAUCAGCCAAGACUUUUUAGCAUAAGGUAAUUCUUUACUUGCAAAUAGUGCACUCAACUAUAAAUUCAAAUAAAUUAGUUGCUCUAGACAAAGCAGUCUGUGUCUAAAAUUGUAUUACGUAUUAGCUGGAUUAUUCUGACAUGGAACUCAUAGACUGUAGUACUUUGAUUUUUCUGUAAUUUAAGACUGACUAUCCAUUUUCCAUUUUUUUCGUAUGCUGAGCCUAAUACUGGGCUCCAUUAAUGUCUUUUUCAAUAUAUAUUCACACAGGAUCCAAUGGUGAGUCGUAAGUAACAUACAGAGACUAUUUAUUCUGAGGCAGUAGAGAUUUACUAUGGGGAAUAGCUGCAGCAGUGGAAGUGUCUAGCAAGACUGUUUCAACCACAGCAAGUUCCAUGUUGGAAUGACCCCAUCGGACCAUAUCAGCCACCAAGACAAAGCAGCACAGAACAUACUUUAGCUUGUAUUGAAGAACAGUUGCUAAAUUUCAGCAAGCUCCACUGCAAACUGAAGCAUGUACUUAACUGCUUUAACUCAGCUGAUAGAAUGGUUCUAUGGGACACAUUCUGACAGCUGAGAAUUUCUCUUACAAAUGCAGGGUACCUGUAACUACCCCAUCGUGGGCUCAGUCUGUCUUGGGAUAUGUCCCACACAGAAUGGAUAGGAAGACUCACUUCUAAUCCAGCCCAACACAUCUUUUAGAGUAACAAAAGUUAGAUUCAUAAUAAAAAGUCUGUCUUCCACUGCAUCUUCUGGGAAAAGUAUUAAAAAUAGAGAUACUUCACUUAUGGCAUUUGAAUAUGGUUGAAGAGCACUGUAUUCUGUUAAAGAGUUUUCUUCCAGAAUGCCCUUGUUCACCAACUGUAAUUGGUCUUUCCUGAAUAAAUGAUAAAGGUAAUAUUCUUUUUACUUUUUAUAAUGGUACCAUUAUUAUUAUUUUGAGAGUGAGGGAAAGAUAUGUUGGCCUGAGCUAGCACUUAAUAGGACAGUGAUCCUGAAAUCUCCUGGAAAGACAAAUAAAUAAGCACUAAAAGGGGAGGGGGUGGGGGGGGAAGUCACUAAAGCCUACAAUAAAAUGAAAAAGGAGGAACUGUCCAUAUGGUGCUAAGGAGCUCUAACAAAAAACAGAGUUGCAUUAGACAGUGCCAUGUACUUACCUCACAAAUAUCUUCUACUAUAAUAUCCUGUGUUUAGUAGUGCACACUGCCCAUCCAUGAGUGCUAUGAUUGUACAUAGUUCCUCAGAUUAUGGACCAGGAUAUGUUGAGCAUGUUAUGGAUCUAAAAUAUUUGUCUAUGUCUACAUAAAGAAUUGUAAAUAUAAUGUGUUGAUAUAUCACAAUGCCUGAGAUUUUUCAAACCUACAGAAUUAAUUACCUAACUCCCAAUAAUGCUAAGGAGGUUGAUCUGCUCCAUUGACUUUUAAUAUUUUUAACGGCAUGCACUGUGUGUGUGUAGUACAUCCGAAACUUCCUUGACUUGUUAUGUGGAAAUGGACAGCUGCUCCUUUCCUCCACAGGCAGAAAAAAACAUUUUUAAACAGGCUUACAAAAAGUUGCCCGGUCACCCGAUGCUGACCCUUCUACUGCCACCAUACCAAACCCUUUCUACUGAUUCUUUUCCUUACAUCUAAUUACUGUCGAAAUCAUCUGAGAUAAAGGGGAAGCAGGGUGCCCAGGAACUAGCAUCUCUAGUAAGAUUAGUCCAUGCUAUAAAAAGUUUGAAUCCCUCUGCUGAAGUCACCGAAGAUGUUUAAAAGUUAUACCACUAUUUUAUGUUAAAUAGCCAUUUAUGGACACUUAUGAGGUUAAAAUGAGGAAAAUUAAUAUUAGUAAGGAUAGGCCAGCAUAUUGUAUAAAAAAAUAUACAAUAUCUUUUGAUAUUUUAGAAUUUUAGAAAGGGACUGAAUUUUAGAAAGGGACACCCACAAAAAUGGUUGAUGCAAAACCAUGAAGUUAAAAAUGGAUUAGAGUUAAAAUAUAUUUCCAUAUUUUAUGUGUGAAAUAAUAUUAGGCCAGUUCAGCAAAAUCUAUUUGUUUCUGUUUCUUUAAAUGUUCUACAUGAGUAUCUCUUAACCUUUCUUCCUGGCAAGAGAUUUCCCAAGUACAUCUCUCUUCUAGAAAGAUUUAGCACAUUAUCUGAUUUUACAUACCUGUGUAAUAAAACUGGAAUAAAAUAUGUCCUGUCAUGACUCUGGAAAAAAUAUAUUUAAAAGAUCAAUCUCAUUUAAAGUUUUCACACCUAUUCUACCUUGUUGCUUUCCAAAAUUUCGACCUAUUUCUAGGCAUCUGAGCACUUUGACUAGUAGGUAACUACGGGUAUGUCUCAGUAAUAAUGUAUGUACUUUGUUAUGCUCAGAAACUCCUGAACCUUUAAAUAGUUGAAUCUUUCUGUGGCGUAAUUCAUAUAAGGUAAGGAGGCUGACUAGAAAUGGGACUAUUUACCUAAGUAGAGUUAGGCAUAAAGGACUUGCAAAUCCAAGUUCCUAUAAAAUAUUAAAUAUCAUUUAAGGCAGCAUGAGAUAAAAUUAUUUGUCACUUUUUUAACUUCAGUUCCACAUAUGGUUUCCUUGAGGAGGCCAGUAUAUUAAUUUACAUUAUCACAAAACAUCCUGUGCACAUUAUUCAUGAUAUGGGAGGAGAUACUGCUGAAUUUUUUCUUCAUUAGGGAAAUACUACACAUUUUGGGGGACAUUCAUCUCUAAUGAAUCAAGCUGAUUACAAAUUUGUGAAUAAACAAUAUUAUACUAAUACUUCUUGUUAUUGACAAAACAGUGAAGAACUGUUAAACAGCAGCGUGUAUGAUGAGUAGUAGAUUAGUCCUGGGAAUGAAAAGUCACAAAUCAAAGAGAAAUAUCUAGCGCUCUGUAUUAUGAACUGUGGGAUGCCUGGGGCCUUCGUUGUAUAGAAAGCAAUCUAGAAUCUGGAAACCUGAAUUUGGGGGACAUCUGCACUGGAAUCCAAAUAUUCAUUUUUGGUUGUGAAUGAUGAAACAGUGCCCACUGAAACACUCAAAGGAGUCUUUUUUGUAGUAUCAUCACAGCGUGAUGCUCUGAGACUUCUCUAUAGCAGGGAUGGGCAAAAAUCUAGUUGUUAGUUUUCCAGAGUCCAGGCUAUGAGAAAAAACCUGGUAAAAUUGUCAUCAUUUAGAUUAGAACCUCCAGUAGACGCAAUUAUAUAAGUGAAAAACUACUUGUUCUUCUUAUUCUGUGUUGGCUUUUUUGAGAGGAACCUGAAUAAAAUGAAAGUACAACGAUCUGGUUAAGAGUACCUUAUAAACUGAAUUUUCAGUUUUGCCCCAUUCAGACUGAGCUCUACUUGAGAAUGAUUAAUAGGCAAAACAGAAAAGCAAAAUAAGUUGUGGAGUUUUUUUUUUUUUUUAGAAACUGAAUGCUCUUGCUCUGAGCUGUUUAAAUUACCAUCACAGUCCCUUUAUGUACAACAGGAUUAGCUGAGAAAGACAAAGUGCAGCCAGUGUUUCAAAUCUGCAGAAUACAUUAGUUACUAAAUGCCAACUUUCGAAGUUCCAUUUCUGUCCUGGGAAGAUUCUGCUCUAAAACACUCAGUACUUUCAAAUUCUGCUGAAAGAUUUCAAGAAACUUCCUGAUGAAGUAUAGUAAUUCCUGGAACAAUGAUGUCACUGUGAGGAAUUAAAUGUUUCAGUGUCAAUAGGUACCAUGUAGCCGUGACCAGAAUUCAGAAGAGCUUGUUAGUGACUUCACUGACAGUGAGAUUAAGCCCUACAUACAUUAUGUAGGAUUCAGCUCUCCAAACAAAAUCUCCUUUUCUGCAUCCCACCACUGUCACGUUUCAUUUGUUAGAGAAGCAGCACUUAGUAGGAUACAUGCUGUCUUACCAUUCAUCUGCAUCACUAAAACUUUUUGCUAGUUUUAAUUUCACUAAAACUUUUUGCUAGUUUUAAUUUCUCUGUUGAGGGUUUCAGGUUGAGAUGUGGGUCGAUCAUUCAGGGCAUGAUUCAAAAUCAGUCAAAUGCAAAUAAUGUCAACAGACUGGAACAGGUUUGCGGUCAGGGGUUUCUCUAGAUUUGCAUGGAAUGGAUGGCAACAUUUAAUAGGGGGAAAGGGAGUGCACUGAGCAUAAAAGAAAAUGCUACUACCUCAGGGACGUGAUUAUAGUUACCUUCAACAUUGUACAGCUGAAUUGCAAGGUACAAAAGGUGGUUGCUGCACUUUUUUAUCUGGAAUGGGCUACCAUCUCUGAGUUUGAAAUAAAUAUUUAAAAUGGCCUACACAUCUACUAGAGUACAUAAAAGAAAUAUUUUGGUUUUGGUUUUAUUCCCUAGUAAAUUACCCAAACUUCUGGAUUUAAAAUCAGGAUCAGACCACCAUCCCCAUCGAACAAACAGAACCUACAAAACAAUAGAAUUUGUCGGUCUUUGUUUUUUCCUAAACAUAUGCCUUUAUGCAAUCUAGCUGAUCAUUCGCCUCUUUGAACAACUUGUUUCACACUCCUGGUGCACUGCAGUGUAACUUUUGAGAUUUGCCAGUUAAUGAAAGGCACAGUAGCAACUAAAAUAACUAACGCCCUCCUAGUGGUUCUGUUUACUGGACUCGUUCGUUAAUUCCCUGUCUAAAAGAAAAAUAUCCUACUCUAAAAUUCCUAACACGUAAACAUGUAAGCAUUUUAAAGCUCAUGGCCAUGACUCCCUAUCUGCCUCUCCCCAAGAAACAGUUAGCUUUGAAUUGGUAGUGUAGCAUACUUUAAUACCAUUUUUCUGGCAGCAAUUUCUUCUUCCAACUUUUCUACAUAAAGCAGAGAGAGCUAUUUCAGAUUAAAAGUGUGAAAAGUUGUUUCUUUGUUAACUCUGGUGGAGAAAUUCAAUUCAGUCAGUACUUCGGUAUAUGCUGUUCUUACAUAAGGCCUUGUGUCUGCUUCUAUUGAGACCAAUGUCAAAAUUCUCUGAUGGUGUCAGUUGCGUCACUUGCGGUGAUGCCAUGACCAAAAACCCAGAGACUAACAUAAAGGGCUUGUUUUCACUUGGUGUGGUACAACUCCCGUUGACUUCAGUAAAAACAACAGGUACUUUGCACUUCUCAGGAUUGCAUCUGCAGUUUUACAAGGAAAAAUAAUCUUUAAAAGAUCACGUGAAACCCUGUUUACUGAAAGACAGUAGUUUAUUUUCUAGCAAAGCAACCUUCACUGUUUUAAUUUUAUCAUAAUUAAAUAAAAAAAUCACAAAAAACUCAAACCACUUUCACUUACAGAAAAAUGCAAGAAAAAUAUUUUACUACCUUCCAAAAAUUAGCUUUGAUUUUCUCUUGGAAGAUAUUGUGGUUGGUAUGUUUUCUCAGGAUAGCCUCUAUUUCUGUGUGUGUUGGUUUUAAAUGUAUCUGAAUUGAAAGGGGUUUUAAUCUGUCUCUUCUGUGAAAUUAGAUUGUACACAACUAAAUAUGAAUGCUCUUCAUAGUUUGCUGUUCUAGCAUAGCCAUAAAAUGUAACAAUGUAUGUGUAUAUAUGAAUAACUAUUUAAUGACAGACACUUUAGAUUAUAUGUUUAAGCAGCCAUGUCAAAAUUUUAAAGGUAGAUGGCUUCAAAAGUAACAGUAUACUCAUAAUAUUCACAAACCAUUUUACAAAUGAACUGUGGCCUCAGCACAGAUCUCAUAUCCUUACCAGUAGUCUGAAACCCAUCUUUUCUUUGAAGACCCCAGAUAACGUUUGUUUUGCUCUUGCUUCUUUUCCUCUUACCAGGCUAUAUUUUAAUAGUGACAACUACCUGUGACUCAGUCUCCACCAUUCAUCUGACAGAAAAGCAGCCUCUAUACUGUACCUGUAAGUCAUAUCUUCAUCAGUCUGAACUUGUGUAGCAUUGCACACAGCAAGCACGAUCUACUCAUUUGAGAGACUGAACAUUUCACAGCUGCUAUCAUUGGUCUCCCCUGGGACUGCCUGCCUGUUCAGAAUGACUAUUCACAUAAUAUAUCUCCCAUAUAUGUUCCGACUGCAUUUUUAUUUCUGCUUUUUUGCCAGUUUGUAACAGUAUUGUAGGAAUAGCCAUGAAAUAAAUAAUCUAGUAUACUGAUUUGCAGUCCCAAGGGGAACUUAAAUUAGAAGUGAAGUGGUUAUUAUUUACGGAAAAGUGGUGUUAUCUUCUUUUUUUUAUUAUUAUUCUAUUCCUAUGAUAAUAUGAUGUUCCAUGUAAAUUUUCAUGUGCUGGCAUGCCUAAAAGUUAAUAGUGUAAUAGAAUGCUCAGCUCUCAACAUUAGGAUGUUUUAAAGGUGAAUUGCAUUACAUAUGCCAUUUCUUUGCAGAAAGAAUAUGGGGUUUGGCAAAGCUACCUGCUGAGCAACAUAUUAAGAUUUUUGUACAAAGUACAAGUUACUGAUUAUUACUGUAUUUUAUUUUUCUAUGAUUUCCUAAGAGGCAUUAUCAGGUCUUACAGAUGGGGUAAGCCUGUUUAUUAAGAUAUUUAUUAGCAAAUAAAAGUUACAGUACCGGUGGUUA